AUGGCUCGUACUAAGCAAACAGCUAGAAAGACAACAGGUGGCAAGACCCCACGUAAGUCUCUCGGUGCCAAGGCCGCCCGCAAGGCUAUUCCAACAGUUGACUCCCAGGGUGCUAAGAAGCAACACAGAUUCCGUCCAGGUACAGUUGCCCUUCGUGAAAUUCGUAAGUAUCAGAAGUCUACAGAUCUCCUUAUCCGUAAGCUUCCAUUCCAGCGUCUUGUAAGAGAAAUCGCUUCUGGUUUCCGUGGCGAUCUUCGUUUCCAAUCAUCAGCUAUUGCUGCCCUCCAGGAAGCUGCUGAAGCUUACCUUGUAGGCUUAUUCGAAGAUACAAACCUUUGCGCUAUCCAUGCUAACAGAGUUACAAUCAUGGAGCGUGAUGUUCAACUUGCCAUGAGAAUCCGCGGAGAGCGUAAUUAA